GGGUCUCUGGUGUAACGAUGGUGUCGACUAAUGAGGUGGUGAAUGAUAGUAAAUCCUCACCAGAGGGACGGGCCCAUACCAUCGGCAGCACUGCAGGGGCCCUCAGCUCUCGUAGUGAGCUGCUCAAUCUAAUAUCACAGAUUAAAUCAAGGGUACAGGAUAAACUCACUGGGGUGGACUUUCCUAUACCACAAUUCAUUCUAAUCGGCCGUCAAUCUGUAGGGAAGAGUCGUCUGGUUGAGGCCCUAGCUGGUGAACAGUUUAAUUUCGUGUCUGGAACACUGGGCUCUAGGCGGCCCACAGUACUAGAGUUUCGUAAUGAUCCUAAGCUCACCACAUCACGAUGGCAAAUACUCAACACAUCCAUUCAAGUUUGGGAAGAAAAGACUUUACCGCAAGUUUUGAGAAUGGUUUCUGAUGCUCAUGAGUCCCUUGGUGCUAACGUUACAAGAGAUCCGAUCUAUGUUAGGGUGGAAGGCAAACACUGUGUAGAUAUGCAGAUCACCGAUCUACCAGGCUUCCGGGAGUUCGCCCUUGAUAAGGAGAAGCAGUCCUUGGCCGACCAGAUAGAUGAUCUGGUCAGCUCUUUCAUGCACGACCCUCGGAAUGUGAUGCUCUGUGUUGAAGAGGCUGGGGAUGCAGCUAAUCUAUCGACUCUGGCUCGAUGCAAACGAGUAGAUCCUUAUUACAAUCGGACAAUCCUCAUCAGAAAUAAACUGGAUAAAUACUACCGAGACCUCACAGCACAGAGCGUUAACGAAUGGCUGGGAGGGUAUGGUGACCUGCCCGACAACCUAGUUAAGUUCUGCCUUACACUGCCGUUUUGGGAUGAGAAGCACGGUGGUCCUCCAAAACCAUUCAUUAAGUUGAGGAAGGAGAUGAAUGACAGAGAUAUUGCCGAGUUGAAAUCAAAAGGAGCGUCACAGCAGUUCAUGCAAUAUAUUGGUUUCAAUAGCUUUGCCCGUUUUAUGGAGAAGAAGAUUGAAUCACUAUUCACGUGA